AAAUUUAUUUAAAAAAAUAAGUUAAUUGUUUAUUGUAUUAUUUUAUAAUAAACAUUUUAUAAAACAUAAUAUUUAAAUUAAUUUAAGGCAUCAAAAAUUUUUUCCACAGCUCUUUGAACGCGAAUAACAAUGGGAACUUCUAUGUCUUUUGACUACGAGAUCUCUAACACGGCCUCAUUGGACAGAGACUUUUGCUAACUUCAUAAAUUCAUAAAUUCAAAGUACAAAUCGAGAAAAAGAGACAAUUUUUUGAUACUUAUCACCUAAGCAUGUCCAAAAAUCAAUAAUUUUACACGAAAAGGCGAAUUUGUGUCUUUUUGAUUGGCGGAAUCUUAUCCUGUUUGUUUUAUUCACUCUAAAACGGCCUCAUUGGACAGAGACUUUUGCUAAUUUUUCUAAAGGCGUAAUUACCGGGAGGAUUUCAAGGCCCAGUCCAGUAUUAUUUAUGGCAGGCCCAACUAUUAUGCAUAUAUACACCGACGCAGAAAAGGCAAAGUGCAGCACACAUCAAAGAAAAACCCUAAACGGAAAUGCUCAGAUCCUCCCGCCCGCCGCCGCGGUCGUCAGGCACUUUUGGCUCGACGUACCAGAAAAGACUCGCUGUAAGCCGAAAACAAAGCCUAAAACUAGCACGAGAACUAGAUCCUCCCCCUGAUGAUGAAAAUUCUUUCUACGGUUUAUGGGACUUCGACAACUGUCGCCUCCCUCCCCUUUAUGUCGUGGGCUCGCUGAUUCCCAAGAUCAACUUGUGUUUACAAACCGUUAAUCCUCUCUACCGAAUGUGUCGUAUGAAUUCUGCCAUCGGAAACCCAAAUUUCGCUUUCAUCUGGCAGAAUCGCGAUGUACUCAACAAGCAAUGGGACGUGAAAGAGUCAAAGAAAAGAAAAAUUAGAUGUUCUGUCCCUAUCUGUGGAAGGCUAAUUCAGUCAAGCAAUAAUGCAGAGGUCGCCUACGAGCGAAAGUACGAUGUGGCAGACCGGAUGCUUAUUCAGGAGCUUUUGUGUUACGUUCUUGCAAAUCGUACUCCAAGAAACAUACUGAUUAUAUCUGAUGAUUGUGACUUUGGAUUUCCAAUGCAUAUUUUGAGGGAACGAGGUUACAGAGUCUUCCUGAUGCAGCGAUCAGCAAAUCUUCGACCAUUGACACAGAUUGCACAGCACGCUUGGGCUUGGGUUGAUGUAGUUAAUGGGCUAACACGUCCGUUCUAUUCUUUGCCUAAUGCCUAAGCUAUCUAACCCAAAGCUUCUUUCAUUUCCUUUUUGUGUGUCUAUGGUUGUUGUUGAGUGUUGUUGAACCUGCUCUAAUUAUCCCACUUGUGUUGGUUUUCCUUUCUUACAUUUUUUGCAUUUAAAAACUCGAGUUUUAGAAUUCAGCUGAAAAUCAUGUUAGAUUCGGUCUGCUUUGAGUGAGAUAUUAAAGGGCCAACAGUUACGAAAUGGAUUACAGAAAUCAUAUUGCUGGUGGUUCCACAAUCUUUUUACAAA